ACAUCACUUAGCCUACGUGGGAAGGACACGAGUGGGGACGUCUGCAGCGCCGCUCACUUUCUGAUGGAGACGCAACCAAACCGUUCAGAGCACGUUUGGAAGGAUCUGUCUGCUGCUGUUAAGAGCAGCAUCAAAUGAAAACUGCCCCCCCCCCCCCUCCCAUUUGCAUCCCUUGUGCACUCGCUGGGAACAUCCUUCCUGCGCGCAGAAGCGCGCGCUCGACGCAAAUCUGCUCACCGGCGCGGCGCAGAAAGCUCCCGACACAGAGACAGUGAUCCCCGGCUUUGCGCCCCUGGAUCUUUGCGCAGAGGACCCCAGCUUCCUCUGUCAUCCCCGCAGAGCGCAGAGGCUCCUUCUCACCUCUGACUCUGUGCUGAAGGCGCUCUUUUCACCACUGUGCUCCUGACGGGGUGACUGAACCCUGAUUCCUGCAAAGACCGGCUCAAGGUCUGGAAAGUUACAGCGCGUCAUGGAGCACGAGCGUAAACUUUAAAAGCCCGUUGUUGUUAUUUUUUGGGGGUUAAACUGCUUCUUUAGAAGUCUUGGUCCUUUUAGAAUGAAAUCAGGCGCGUAAAAAGGCUCCGCUGCUCCGCAGGUAUUGGGAAAGAAAGGCGACACAGACGGACCAAGUCGUGAUCUGUGCGACGGAUUGUUCUGAGGGGGACGGAGGGGGAAAGACUGGAUGAGAUAACAUGGGUGCACUUUUGUGUGAUGGACGACUGAGGCACAUCCUCUUCCCUCUGCUCCUCCUCCUGCGAGCUCCGCUGUUGUUCAGCUUCGGGGAGCGCACCUGCCCCAACAGCUGUCGCUGCGAGGGAAAAACUGUCCAUUGUGACUCUUCUGGAUUUUUAGAAGUGCCAGAAAACAUCUCGGUGGGCUGCCAGGGCCUUUCUCUGCGCUACAAUGAACUUCACACCCUGCUACCCUAUCAGUUUGCUCACCUCAGCCAGAUUCUUUGGAUUUACCUCGACCACAAUCAGAUUUCAGCUAUUGACAGCAGAGCAUUUCAAGGGGUUAGGAGGUUGAAAGAGCUAAUACUCAGCUCUAACAGGAUCACAUCCCUACACAAUUCAACAUUUCAUGGCAUCCCCAAUCUUCGCAGUCUGGACUUGUCAUUUAAUAAGCUUGAAAUCCUGCAACCUGGUCAAUUUCAUGGUUUACGUAAACUGCAAAACCUUCACCUGCGCUCCAAUGGUCUCUCUAAUAUCCCGAUUCGAGUUUUUCUGGAGUGUCGAAGUUUAGAGUUCCUAGAUUUGGGCUACAAUCGGAUCAAGGCUCUUACCCGCACCACUUUUUUGGGGUUACAGAGGCUGAUGGAGUUGCAUCUGGAGCACAACCAGUUCACAAGGAUCAACUUUUUUUUGUUUCCCCGCUUAGCCAAUCUCAGGUCACUCUACCUGCAGUGGAAUCGCAUUAGAGUGGUCAAUCAGGGCCUUCCUUGGAUUUGGUAUACCCUGCAAAAACUGGACCUAUCUGGAAAUGAAAUUCAGACCCUGGACCCAGCUGUGUUCCACUGUUUGCCCAACCUUCAAGUCCUGAACUUGGAAUCCAACAAACUGUCCAAUGUGUCGCAGGAGGCUGUGUCAGCGUGGAUCUCACUCACCUCCAUAAGCUUAGCUGGCAACAUGUGGGAUUGUGGAACUGGCAUUUGCCCAAUUGUAGCUUGGCUGAGAAAUUUCCGGGGCAGUAAAGACACUACAAUGAUAUGCAGCAGCCCCAAGUAUAUGCAGGGAGAAAAAAUCAUGGAAGUCACACGGAACCAUGCCAUUUGUGAGGAAACUGAUUAUGUUUUGACGGAAACACCUUUACCUACACUGGAGCUAACUUCUGAGGGCACUGCUGAACCAACCUUUGCCCCCACUACCAGCUCUCCACCAAUGCCACCAACCAACACUUUGGGCCCCCUCUCUCCUUUCAGACCUCGACCUAUUCCUCACCCUACCUUUCCUGGGCAUAUGAGCAAAAAUCCCAGAGACUCACCAGUGCGCACUCGACCUACUCACAGACCCCCCCCAGUGAUCGAGCAUAUGACUCUGCACAAAGUAGUGGUGGGUAGUGUGGCCCUCUUCUUCACCAUGUCCCUAAUCUUGACAAUAAUUUAUGUACUGUGGCGGCGCUACCCAGGUGCAACUAGGUUGCUCCAGCAGCGAUCCAUGGUGGGACGAAAGCGCCGCAAAAAGAGUCCGGAACCAGAACAAAACCUCAGCUCCCAGCUUCAAGAGUAUUACAUGAGCUACAACCCCGCUGCCACCCCAGAAGCAUUGGAGGUGCUAGGCAACGGCACUGGUUCCUGCACCUGCACAAUUUCUGGCUCCAGGGAGUGUGAGAAUGAAUACACGUGUCCACGCCCUUUACCUGGUGCUUGGCUGGGAGAUGUGCACACUAUCCACUAACUCUCAAAGACAAAGCGUGUUGGAUUGUGCAUGGACCAUACUGAAACAGGGAAAAGGGCAAUGAAGCCCAUGAGGACCCAACCAUUUAAAUUCAAAGACACAUUGGAGUUGCACUCCAUGGAAGCAAAGACAACAAUGGACCAAUGCAGGAUGAUGAUCAUUUUUCUUUUUCUUCUGAUUUCCUAAUGGUUUUUUUUUGGUUUUGGUCUGUACUCCACUGCUUUCCUACAUCCCAUCAUGCUCGGUUACAAUGCAACUUCCGGCAGUGACAGUUUUUUACAAUAUGCAGUCCCACUGACUGAAGACCAACAAUGCCUUGGAAAAGGACUUAUAAGAAUUAAAAGCCGAUUACAAAAUAUCACAGGAACAUUUUCUAAGACUUGAAAAGGAAAUGGAUCCCUGGGAACAAGGCGUUGUACAAAUGUGUAAAAGCACUGAAUCAUUGAUGGAACUGCCAAGGACGUGUAUCCCUGCCUGCUCUGCGGUUAUAGCUGUUUAAAAUAUGAAGAUGGUUUGCAUAUUUUGAGUUCAUCUAAAGCAUCAUUCUGUAACCUUUCAAUGCUGUUUUUUUAUGAAGGAUGAACUACACAAGUCGCAGGAAUCAUCCAAUGGAAUAUUGUUUCAGGCAAACUAACCCCCCCCCAUGCCGACCAAUGAAUUUUGUGAAGUUUUUAGAUGUCACUUUGCUUUUCUUGUAGAAUAUUUUUAAGUGUUUCUGACAAUACUCAAAUUUUGAUGUGGUUGAGACGUAAAUGAAAGGGGGCGGAGACUCAAGACAAUGGAAAAGUGUUUCUUAUGUUUUUAUUUCUGUGAUAUUAAUGUUCCUUCUGAAGAAAAAGUGUUUCUGUAACUUUCAGCACCAAAUACCAAAGAGCCUAUAGAUAUUCUCGGCUUUUGGCUCAUCCAAACAUCGUACAUAAAGAAUCCAGGAUUAAUUUUGUUCUGAGAAACCCAUGACAGACCAGAGGGAGCCUGGACUUCUCCAUCCAGCAGUGCUCUUUGCCAGAACAGCUUCUUUCUGUGUAAAGUGUCUGUCCUUGUGAUCUUGCAAUGGCGGGAAAGUCUUGUCUGAAUGCUUACUCUGGGCACUACUUUACAUUGUAAAACAUUUGUCAAAGACAUGCUUCACUUUCCUACCCUCCAAAACCCCAGCCUGUUCCUGCCCCCACCUCCCCAGCAAAGACUGCAAAUGUGUGGCUCUGCGUGUGCUUGUGUUAGUUUGUGAAUCCAACGGACCCCCCCC